AUGUCGCAGAUUACGGUGAAGCUUGUUGCAGCAGAGUCGUUGUACAAGAGAGAUGUGUUUCGGUCUCCGGAUCCGUUUGCUGUCGUUACGGUUGACGGAUCACAGACGAAAUCGACAGCAGCAGCGAAGAAAACGUUGAAUCCGUAUUGGAACGAAACGUUUACGUUUCCGGGAGUCAAUGAAAACGGUAUUUUGACAAUCCAGGUUUUCGACCAGAAAAAGUUCAAGAAGAAGGAUCAAGGGUUUUUGGGCGUGGUUAACGUGCGCCUUGGUGACGUUUUGGGCCAUUUGGAUGAGGAUACCGUUGGGGGUGGACGUAGAGAAGAAACUAUAACGCGGGAUUUGAAACGAUCGAACGAUGGAAUGGCUGUGAGUGGACGAUUGAUUUUGGUUCUCACGUCAACGGGUGGGAGCGGUGGAAGUGGUGCUCGUAGAGCGUCAGGUCAUAGAAAUGGUGCCAGUGCCGAUAACACCGCGACCACGACGCGGACCGCAACUACUACGGCGGGCUCGACCUCGACGUCAGUCGCAACCCCUUCAAGCCACCAGGCAAGUCCAUCUGCACAAAUGGUGGCCAACACGCUUCAAAGUGGGAACACCAAUGUGACUGGUUCAAGUGGAUCCACCAGACAAUACUCCUCUUUUGAGGAUCAAUACGGCAGACUUCCCCCAGGAUGGGAAAGAAGGACGGAUAAUUUCGGGCGUACUUACUACGUUGAUCACAACACUAGAACCACUACAUGGAAGAGACCAACUUUGGAUCAAACCGAGACUGAACGAGGCGACCAAAUGAACGUUAACACUGAAUUGGAACGCAGACAACAUCGCGGUAGAACUUUGCCGGGCGGUACCAGCUCGGAUAGCUCCUCUGCAGUCACAGUGCGAACGGGCAACACAUCCACGACACCAGCUGUAAACGGUGCCGCAGCAGCAGCUUUCGCUUCUACUGGAGCCACGACAUCUGGCCUGGGCGAAUUACCUCCUGGAUGGGAACAAAGAUAUACACCAGAAGGUCGGGCCUAUUUUGUGGAUCAUAACACCAGAACGACCACCUGGGUUGAUCCUCGUAGGCAACAGUACAUUAGGACGUACGGUCCUACCAAUACCACCAUUCAACAACAACCUGUGUCUCAGUUAGGGCCUUUGCCAUCUGGCUGGGAAAUGAGAUUAACGAACACGGCACGCGUGUACUUUGUUGAUCAUAAUACCAAAACUACAACUUGGGAUGACCCUCGUUUACCUUCGUCGCUGGAUCAAAAUGUUCCUCAAUAUAAACGUGAUUUCAGGAGAAAGGUGAUUUACUUCAGGUCUCAACCGGCGCUGAGGAUUUUGCCAGGCCAAUGCCAUAUCAAGGUCCGCAGGAAAAACAUCUUUGAAGACGCCUAUCAGGAGAUAAUGAGACAAACUCCGGAAGAUUUGAAAAAGAGAUUGAUGAUCAAAUUCGAUGGAGAAGAAGGUUUGGAUUAUGGUGGUGUUUCAAGAGAAUUCUUCUUCUUGUUGUCUCAUGAGAUGUUCAACCCAUUUUACUGCCUAUUCGAAUAUUCCGCUCAUGACAAUUAUACUAUUCAGAUAAACCCCAACAGUGGUAUAAAUCCGGAGCAUCUCAAUUAUUUUAAGUUCAUCGGAAGGGUAGUGGGAUUGGGUGUUUUCCACAGAAGAUUUUUGGAUGCCUUUUUCGUGGGCGCCCUUUACAAAAUGAUGUUACACAAGAAAGUUGUUUUGCAGGAUAUGGAAGGUGUUGACGCUGAGGUUCACAAUUCUUUAAAAUGGAUUUUAGAGAACAGUAUAGAUGGCGUUUUAGACUUGACGUUCAGCGCAGACGAUGAAAGGUUUGGUGAGGUCGUGACAGUGGACCUUAAGCCCAAUGGACGCGAUUUGGAAGUCACAGAUGAAAACAAAAAAGAAUACGUGGAUCUAUUCACACAAUGGAAAAUCGCCAAUCGUGUCGAAGAACAAUUUAAAGCUUUUAUGGACGGUUUUAAUGAACUCAUUCCUGAAGAUCUUGUAAAUGUGUUUGAUGAAAGGGAAUUGGAAUUACUCAUUGGUGGGAUUGCUGAAAUUGACGUAGAAGAUUGGAAAAAACAUACCGAUUACCGUGGCUACCAGGAAUCUGACGAGACGGUCAAGUGGUUCUGGAAAAUCAUCUCCGAAUGGGAUAAUGAACAGAAAGCACGGUUGUUACAGUUUACGACAGGUACUUCUCGUAUCCCAGUUAAUGGAUUUAAAGAUUUACAGGGCUCUGAUGGUCCAAGAAGGUUUACGAUAGAAAAAGCCGGUGAAGUACAACAACUUCCAAAGUCUCACACUUGCUUUAAUAGGGUUGAUUUACCCCCUUAUGCCGAUUACGAAUCUUUGAAACAAAAGCUAACCUUAGCAGUGGAAGAGACAAUUGGUUUCGGGCAGGAAUAA